GUGGUUUUCUCUGGAUUUCUUCUUCAGAUCUCAUUCCGAUCAAAGCAUUAUGGCCGCCGGCGUCGUUUCCGAAGUCAUCGGGCAACUGGGUUCCAUCCUAGCUGACGAGCUACAUCGACGCGCGAUGAUCGUCAUAGAUGCUGACGACGAUGUGAGGAUGCUGAGCAGUGCUUUCAAAGCCAUCGAAGCCGUGCUCAAGGAUGCCGAGCAGCAGCAGCUCACCAGCGAAGCUGUGAAGGUUUGGAUCCAGAACCUCAAAGAUGUAGCUUAUGAAAUGGACGAUGUGCUGGAUGAAUGGAAUACUGCUAUUCUUCUCCAUGAGGAAGAAGAAGGGCAUGGAAAUGAACACAGCUGGUUAGAGAUGCAGCUUCUUCGAAUCUUCAGCUGUCUCUUUAAAGUAUGCCCCUUUUUUAUCCCUUUCUCUUGGAAUUCCUUCGAUGAAAUUGGCGUGAGAUAUGAUGUUGGCAGCAAGAUUAAGGUGCUGAAUCAGAGACUUGAUGUGAUUGAUAAGGAGAAGAACACCUACAAUUUUACUACUUAUAAUGAUUGUAACAACAGUGCACAUCGAGAUCUUGGUGUGGGUCGAAAAUUAACGAGCUCUGUCCUGUAUACGGAGGUGAAGGGUAGGGAGGUGGAAAAGGCUGAGCUAGUGAAGAUGCUAGUGAGUGACAGAGAGGAUAGUGAAAGUUGUGGUCUGCAAGUAAUCUCUAUAGUUGGGAUGGGUGGAUUGGGGAAAACAACUUUGGCUAAGUUGGUGUACCGAGAAGUGAGGAUGAAGGGGAACCAUUUCGACAAGUGCAUUUGGGUGUGUGUUACUGAUACCUUUGACGAGGUACGAGUUGCGAAGUCGAUCCUUGGAGCUCUUUGGGACUCUAGGGUGGAUGUAGAGGGUGACUUUGCUGAUGUGUUAGAGAAGAUACACAACUGUGUUAGGAAAUUGAAGCUUUUUCUCGUUCUGGAUGAUGCUUGGGAACAAGAUGUUAGCAGGUGGGAAGAGUUGAUGGGGGUUCUGAGAUUUGCAAAGGCAGGGAGUAGGAUUUUGGUCACUACCCGCAAAGAAACUGUUGCUAAUACUUUGGGUUGCACUAGAUCGCAGAUGAUCCGAUUGCUCCCCUUAUCACAGGAUGCUUGUUGGUUGGUAUUCAGUGGACAUGCCUUUUUGGGAUGGGAUAGCAAGGAGAUUGAGUUGGUGAAGGAUAUUGGGGAGAAAAUAGUGAGACAGAAAUGUAAUGGUUUGCCUCUUGCUGCAAAAGUUCUGGGAGCAGCCUUGCGCUCUGUAACGUCCCGAAGACAGUGGGAGGGUGUCUUGAAUAGUCCGGUAUGGGAGCUUAAGAUAAGUAGGGAAGUCGAUCUUUUUGCCCCCUUAUGGUUGAGUUACCAUGAGUUGCCUCCACAGUUGAAACAAUGUCUAUCUUAUUGUGCCAUUUUCCCCAAGGAUUUCAUAGUGGAAAAGGACAAGUUAAUAAGGUUAUGGAUGGCUCAAGGGUAUCUUGGAGCACCCUCAAGUAAAGAAGGGGACUUGGAAUUAGUUGGAGAAAUAUAUUUUGAGAACUUGGCCAGACGUUCAUUCUUCCAAGAAAUUGAAACAAACGACAGCUUACUUGGUAGCGGAGUGACAUGUAAAAUGCAUGAUUUGGUACAUGAUUUUGCACAAUUCAUAUCUAGCAAUGAAUGUUACAGCAUGGAGGCUGAUGUUCUGGAGCAGCAUAAUAUGGAGUUCUUAAGAGGAAAAGUGCGGCAUUUAGGAGUAGCCCUGCCACGUCGAGAGUUUCCUACUUCAUUUAAUGAUUGGAAGAGUUUGCGCAGCCUUCUAUUUCUGGGUUAUCUGCAGUAUCCUGAUCCAGUAGUUUCAAGGUUGCCUGAUUUGCUGGAUCAAUCGAAAUGUCUAAGAUCAUUGGACGUGAGCAACUGUGAUCUUGAUGAGUUGCACCCAGGAAUAUGUGAGCUGAUGCAUCUAAGGAUGCUAGAUGUUUCAAGCAACCGAUCUUUGAGAAGGUUGCCUGAGGGAAUAUGCAACUUGCAUAAUCUACAAACUUUAGCUCUGAAUUACUGUCAUAAUUUGAUGGCAUUGCCAAAUAGGAUGGAGAAGCUUGUUAAAUUGAGGCAUCUACUCAAUCUUAAUGCUCCAGCUGCCAUUCCUAAAGAAAUUGGAAGGUUCCAUGGGCUCAGGACAUUGCUGGAGUUAAAUUUGGACAGUAGUAGUACAACUGAUUCAGCUUCACUUUCAGAUCUUCAAAACUUGAAUCUGCUUCAAGGACACUUAAAGAUAAAUAGGCUAGGACUGUCAUUAGAUCAUGUGAGUGAGGCUAAGCAAGCAGAGCUGGAGAAGAAAAAGGGCUUGACAGUUUUGUCACUGCACUUCAGUUGGGACAAAGAUAACCACCCAGAGUGGAGGACAACUGGGGAUGAAAAGUUAGUAGAAGCACUAAAGCUGCCUGAAUGUGUGCAACAUCUGACCAUAGUGAGGUACCAUGGUACCAAACUCUCCCCUAGUUGGUUGCUAUCACUAAUCCACUUGAGGAAAUUUACACUCAAAUUUUGCUUCAACUGUGAGCAGUUGCCUCCUCUGGGGAGGUUGCCAUCUCUUGAGCAACUUGAGCUAGGAUCCUUGGAUGUGGAGAAGGUGGGCCGCGAGUUUUUGGGUUUCCCGGAAGAUGACAAUGUCUCGUCAUCAUCGUCGGUUGCAUUCCCAAGGUUGACGAGACUUCGGUUUUUCAACAUGCAGUAUUGGACAGAGUGGGAUGGGUGGGAGCUGGAUAUUCAGAUCAUGCCGUGUCUUCACACCUUGGAGGUCGGACGCUGUUAUUCUCUGAAGAAAUUACCAGACCAACUCCUUCAGAAAACUACCCUGGAGGAGCUGAAGAUCAACUGGUGCUAUUACCCUCUCAGUGAGAUUUACCAAAGUGGUCAUCCUCAUAGUUCUUCUGCCCAUAAAGGAGAAGAAUGGGAAAGGGUGGCUCAUAUCCCCAAGCUCACCAUCGAUAAAUUCACACGCUACAAUGAUGGGACAUCUGGAGUCGAUGGCCAAGACGAAUGGGAAGAUGAACUUGAAGAGCUUUUGAAACCAGAAGAUGCUGGUUAUGACUCAUAUUAGUUGUUUCCUUGAUUGCUUAAUUAACUGAGCUACUCUAGGAUCAGUAUAACAAAACUUUCUUUACAGCUGAUGUUUGAGGUUAGUAUAUGGCAAGUUGAAAUUACAGGCAGAGUUUCAUAUCUUGUGUCACUGAUUGUGCUGUUUGAUUCUUUCCCAGGGGUUCACCCUUUUAGGCUCUUUAACUUACUCCUACAAUGCAUUGUAAGUAGGGCUGCAAGUGAGCCGAGUCGAGCCGAGUUUUACCCUAUUUUAAGCUUGACUCGUUAAUAAACGAGCUGAGCUCGAGCUCAAGCCGUCUAUUGAGUCGAGUUCGACCUAGGCUUGGUUACUAAAAUCUUGACUCUUAUUUGAUAAUUCAUUUUGAAUAUCAUGUAUGAUACAUGUGAUUGAUGUCAUGAUGAAAAAAAAAAUAGUCAAAUGAUCAAUAUUAACUAAUCUCAUAUUAUACUUUGUUUGUAUCAUAUUAUGUAGUUAAUAAAUUUUAACUGGUCCA